AUGCCUGAAGCGCGCGUGCCGCAAAACGUGUUUGGGUGCAAUGCAGCAAUCAGCGCUUGUGAGAGAGGAGGUCACUGGAAGAUGGCCUUGGAUAUUUUUGGGAAGAUGCCACAGGCAGAGGUAAAUCCCGACCUCAUUAGCUUCAACUCAACAAUCAGUGCCUGCGCAAGGGGUGGAAAGUGGCAGCAGGCCUUAGUCCUGUUCGACGCCAUGCCUGAUGCAAAGGCUCGGCCGGAUGUGAUCAGCUUCAGUGCCACCAUCAGUGCUUGCGAGAAGGGCGGGCAUUGGCAGCAGGCCUUGGGCCUUUUCAGUGAUAUGCCGGAGGCUAAGGUAAAUCCAAACGUGCUUAGCUUCAGUGCGGCCAUCAGCGCGUGUGAGAAGGGCGGGCAGUGGCAAGACGCUUUGGAUCUGUUUUGGGCAAUGCCUGCAGCCAAGGUGCAUCCUGACCGAAUUAGUUUCAAUGCAAUCAUCAGCGCAUGCGAAAAGGGCAGUCAGUGGCAGCAUGCGCUGAACCUUUUUGAGGCCAUGCCGACCGCAAAGACUCGCAGCGAUGUUGUCAGCUUCAGUGCAGUCAUCAGCGCUUGCGACAAGGGCUGGCAAUGGCAGGUGGCUCUUCGCCUUUUCCGGUCCAUGCCUGAGCUCCAGGUUUCUCGUGACCGCAUUUGCUUCAGCGCGGCCAUGAGCGCAUGUGAGAAGGGCCAUUUGUGGCAGCAGUGUUUGGAUUUGUUUGAUGCCAUGUGCCAACGCAUCAGCCCCGACGUAGUGUGCUUCAGCGCAGUCAUCAGCGCCUGUGGCAAGGGCAGCCAGUGGCAGCAGGCGAUGAGCGUAUUUGAGGACAUGCCGGUGAGACAGGUGCGCCCCAACAUCAUCAGCUACAACUGUUUGCUGGAUCACCUCCAUGACAAGUGCUUGGGCCCUGCCGUCUUCGAGCAGGCCCGGCGAAUCGGGCUCUUCUCGCCGGGUUGUGCGGACCUCAUCGACCUCCACGGUCUCUCAGAGGGUGCGGCUCGGCUGGCGGUCAGGCGGUGGCUGUCAACAGAAGUCGCCCGGGAGCUGGAAAGACGCGAAGUCUACAGCUGUCUGGUGAUCACCGGCCACGGCAAGAGUCGCAAGCCCUGGGCCAGCUCGGACCUGCAGAAGUCGGUCAGAGCCUUGCUGAGCGAGCUGCAGCUCGGAGCCAGGAGCUUGGAGAACGCGGGGCGACUCGAACUGCAGCUGAGCCACCGAGACCUGCCCAAGUUGAAGGCCGCCUUUUAG